AAGGAAAUGUGUAAAUUUCCGUUGGAUAUGAGAUUGGAAGAAGGGAAGAUGGAAGCAUUGACCCUAGAUUUAGAUUUAGAAGACUUUGAAAACUUCGAAACCGCCUCUUCUCUGCUCGCUUGUACACACUGAUUUCUCUUUUGAUUUCUUCUUCUUCUUCAUCUUCCUCUUUUAUCGUUGAUUUUAUCAAAGCCGCCUCCAUCAGUUUCUCAUUUUUCAUUCUUCAAAGCUUGGCUUUUUUCACCCAAAAGAAACCAACCCACAUCAGUUUCGACACAAUUCUGCAGAAUUUCCAUUUGAGAAUUCUUGUAGGGUGUGCGAUUAUUGUAAAUAUAGGAAACCAAGUACUUAAGAGGGAUAUUGGCAUCGUUGCAGCCUUCUAUAUUGAGAUUUUUGUAUAGAUUUGAGUAUAAGUCCCAAGUAAAGAUCUUGGGGAGGGUUUAGAUCUAGGAAUCUGUAAGGUUUCUGGAGAUGGCUAGUGUUCAAGAUCAGUUGGAGAUCAAGUUUCGAUUGACCGAUGGAUCUGAUAUCGGUCCGAAAACCUUUCCGGCUGCUACAAGUGUCGCAACUUUGAAGGAAAGUGUUAUCGUUCAAUGGCCUAAAGAGAAGGAGAAUGGUCCAAGGACAGUGAAGGAUGUCAAGUUAAUUAGUGCCGGGAAAAUAUUGGAGAACAGCAAAACACUGGGGGAGUGCCAGAGCCCUCUUUGUGAUGUUCCUGGUGGAGUAACGACUAUGCACGUUGUUGUUCAACCUCCUCUGGAGAAAGAAAAGAAAAUAAUAAACAAACCGAAGCAGAACAAAUGUGUUUGUGUCAUAUUAUAAUCAGCAGCUUGAAUAGUGGCUGACAUUAUUUUCAGAUGGAAGAAUGGUGAAACCGGUAUAGAAAAAGAAGUUGGGGACUUUUUGAACGAUGAAUCCAGUUGGUAUUAAUCACAUUUAAUAUUUCGAAUGUGUUGUUUUCUGCUUUUCUAUGCCAAAUUCAUGUAGCCGAUGAUUGUCCUUGUAUUUUGUUUACUGUGUUCGUUUCGCAUUGAUUUAGACUCUUGUAUGGAGCAAUUGAACCUCAGAUUUUA